GAUGACGGUCCAGUCGGUGGGGCCAUAAAAAGGCUCACUGUGGGAACAUCCGACGACCUUGCCGCUCGUCGGGUCCCCUUCACCUUCUUCACCGCACGCGCGCCCUGUUACCCGGUCACCCGAAUCGUGAUUCCUACAAAAACAUCGCAAUGCAUUUCCAGCACGUUGCACAGCUCGCGGUCUUGGCCAUCCUCGGCUUGCCUCAGCUCGUAGAAGCACGACUGGAAUCUCAAGCGCUCGCUCCUCGCAGCAUUGGCGGCAAGUCAGUCAACACGUACACCUACUCGCAACAAGCAUGCUACACAGAGUACGGCAAGAAGAGCGUCAAGCCUGUGCCAAGGUCGACGGCUACCAAGUACAGCGUGACGGUAGGCUUUCCAAUCUAUGAGACAGUCAAGCCUACGAUCACGGUGACGCCAGCUACUUCCACUAACACCGCCACCUCCACCACCACAUUCACGGUGUUGACGACUGCAGUGGAUAAGACCGAUACUGCUACGCAGACGGACACUGUCACCACUACGACUACCAUAACCACUACAUCCACAACGCAGACGCAGCUACCCGAGGUGACCACUACUACGACGGUAUACACUACCACUACUGUUGCGGCGCCAGCGGGCUUCACACCCGUUCGGGAUGAUUCCAGCUUACAGGGACGCACCGUAGCUCGACGAGACUCGGUCGAGCCUGAAGCAGGCAGCGCAAACGUAGCCAGGUCCUCUUCCGGCACCAGCCGAAUCGAGCUGCAAAAUCAGCUGCUGGCUCGCGCAAAAGCAGACGUGUACAGCGUAGCCAAAGAUAAAGACGGCAAGCUUGUGAAUCUGUGCAACGGCAAGAAGACCUAUCCCUCCAAGGUGGCGUGCAAAAAGGCUGUGGAAAAGGUCGCAGUGACGACGUACACUGUUGCUGGGAAAAAGACUGUGACUAGAUCCGCACCCACACCGAUUGCGACGACGACUACGCUGCAGAGUGUUACGUCGACGUCGACGGUGCAGCCAGCUGCUGCUACGACGACCGUCACUACCACCACUACAAGCACUCGAUCCGUCACCACGACGGCAACGACUACCGAGACGCUUGCAGCUGCGACCAAGACGGAGACGGAACAAGCUCCGCAAUUCACGGCUUACGAAGCUUGCGAGAUGCCCAGAAAUUACGUCAGCAGCGUCGAUGGACUAGCGAUUCAAGACUUUAGAGCAAAGACACCUCUGGGAUCGAAGGAUUCUUUUUCUGCCAAGGAGUGCUGCAUUUCCUGCGUCACGGAUUGGAGAUGCGGCGCGUGGCUGUAUAAACCUAGUCAAAUUUUGUGCCAGCACUAUGGCGAAGCGCGGCCACGCAGGUGCGACGUGGGUCUCAACGUGGCCAUCUUCGCAGGCGGUGCUGGCCCUGGAGAAGGAUACACCGUUGGAAAUGGACACUGCGGGUAUGCAAAAUACAAUGCGCCCGGCGACACUUCAGGGUUCAGAAACUAGCAGGUUCCGGAGAGUAACAGGGCGCAACAGACCUUCGACGCGUUUUGCGCCUCCGCUCGCACACCGUCCCUAGUCAUUUCUCUCCGCCGCUGCAUCUUCCAUCGAGAUGCUUGCCCACUAUGCCCUUUCGAUGCGCAAGCCUCGUCGCCCCAUGUUGAGGCAUCGCGAAAAUCCACCUCCUUGUAACAUCCGGUCGUUCGAUCCAGCAGUCACGAGCAUUUGCAAUGGUCAUCCUAGUCCGACUUUCACAUAUGCACGGGGCAGCGGUGGGGGUUGCAAGUAUCAUUUGCUUUGCACUUGCCCAAGCAGGGGUGUCGUGCUUGUCGAACUUGAAAGAGAUGACUAGUUCAAUCAAAGAGAUCGAGUGGGGCAAGUCCGAGGUCGGUCGCUCCCCGCCGCGCCAAAAGACUCGCAAACACGUCGGCGCGGGCAAUGGAGAAGUACCAUGUCGAGCCCGCACGUC